AUGAACCAUAGCAACGACAACGAGGAGAAGGGAUUUAACCCCUACCACCCAACGCAACAGACACCCCUGCCAGAAUCAAAGUAUGAGGAGGGCAGCACCAAAGUUUCGACUGCGUACAACGAUCGGCAUGAUCCUGAAGCUCCGUAUCACUGGGUGGAGCCCGGGACUGGAGGCCUGGGCGAGCUGAAUGACCUUGGAGAGCUCGAAGGUGGUGUCAAGCGCCAGCUCAAGCAGCGCCACAUGGCUAUGAUUGCCAUUGGUGGUGCCAUUGGAACAGGUUUGUUCAUUGGAUCAGGUGCGGCCCUCUCUACUGGUGGCCCGGUCGGUUUGUGGCUCGGUUACUGCCUCAUGUCCACCAUGGUCUACUCGAUGAUGGUGGCUCUUGGUGAGAUCGCGACUCUCUUCCCUGUCGCGGGUGCGUUCACACACUACGCGUCUCGCUUCGUUGAUCCUGCCCUCGGAUUUGCGGUUGGAUUCAACUACUGGUACUCGUGGGCCAUCACUCUGCCUACUGAGCUUGUGGCGGCGGCCAUCGUCAUCUCGUACUGGGACAAUACAACCAACCCCGCCGUUUACAUCUCCGUGUGUAUGGUCGCCAUCUAUGUGGUCAACAUGUUCGGAGCGAGGGCAUAUGGAGAGAUGGAAUUUUGGUUCUCCCUCAUCAAGGUUCUCGCGAUUGUUGGCCUCAUUAUCCUGGGUAUCGUCCUCAUGUGUGGUGGUGGACCGAACCACGACGCCAUCGGCUUCAGGUAUUGGCGCAACCCAGGUCCGUUUGCCCAGAUAAGUAUCCAGAACGGAUCGGCCGUCAUCGGCGGCCGCUGGGGCCAGUUUCUCGCGUUCUGGAACGUGUUCGUGCAGGCCGCCUUCUCGUUCAUCGGAACUGAGAUCAUCGGUACCACACUCGGUGAAGCCGAGAACCCGCGCAAGACUGUACCCAAGGCGAUUCGCCGCGUCUUCUUCCGUCUCGUCUUCUUCUACGUCCUCGGCAUCUUUGUCAUCUCGGUCCUCGUUCCGUACGACGAGCCGCGCCUGCUCAGCGGCAAGUCUAGCAGUGACGCGACCGCCUCGCCAUUUGUCAUCGCCAUCGAGAAUGCCGGUAUUAAGGGCCUGCCGUCCGUCAUCAACGCCGUCAUCCUCUCCGCGGCCUGGUCGGCCGGAAACUCGGAUCUCUACGCUUCAAGCCGUACGCUGUAUGCCCUCGCGCUCGAGGGCAUGGCACCCAAGUUCUUCCGCAAAUGCACGCGGCGUGGGCUGCCGUACUGGUGCAUCUUCGCGACCGGCCUCUUCGGCCCUCUUGCGUAUCUCAACACGGGAGGAGCCCAGGCCAACCAGGCGUUUGACUGGCUUUACAACCUGAGCGCCAUCACGGGUUUGCUUUGUUGGUGGGCGAUCCUCCUCUCCUAUCUCCGCUACUACUAUGGCCUUAAGAAGCAGGGUCUCACUCGCGACUCGCCGUACCUGGCGCCCUGGCAGCCGUGGUUGUCGUGGUACGGCUUCAUCUGGUUCAGCCUCAUCAUCAUCUUCUGCGGCUUCACCGUCUUCCUCAAGGGUAAUUGGGACACGGCGAGCUUCAUCGCCUCGUACAUCACCGUACUAAUCUUUGCCGUCGCGUGGAUUGGAUGGAAGAUUGCCAAGCGUACAAAGUGGGUCAAGCUAGGGGACAUCGACUUUUUCACUGGUCGCCGCCAGCUCGACGAGAUGGAGAAGCACGACAACGAGAAAUACAAGCCCACCAGCCGCUGGGGCGAGCUUGCGUCUUGGCUCUUCUAA